AUGUUGACUAAAAAUAAAUUUUCCUUCCCUCUAAUUUUAUUUUUUUCCAUUUAUUUAUUUUUCUGUUUAAAUUGGAAUUUUGUUGAAUCGAAAAAUUUGGAAAGCCGAAAACCUGAAAUUUCAAAAAUUAAAAAAAUUUUAACCAAAAGAGGAAGAAAAUUUAAUUUUAAUAAAACUGACAAGUUAACUUCAAGGAAAUUAAAUGGGGAAUUUUUUGUUGAUUUUGCUUUGGUUGGUUACUAUGAGGAUAUUGAGUUCAGUGGAUAUGAGAUUUUGUAUUACUUAGAUUUUUGUUAUGACGAAGAAAAAUAUUUUAAAAAUUAUUGCAAUUUGGAUCAGAUGAGUACACCAAUUAAUGCUAUGUUUGAUCCUCAAAGCUUGGAUAAAAUUGUUAUUUUUGUUGAUCAACUCGUUGACAGUAAAGGAGAAACACUUAUAAAUGUUGGAAAUAAUACUGAAUUCUAUCGCGAUUACUUAGACUUGGCUAUAAAAGGAAGUUCUAAAAAUAUUCAAAAAAUCGCAAAGGCUGUGGAUGCUUUAAUUGAUGAUAAAAAAUAUUUUUAUUAUCUAAAUGGAAAAUGUAGAGAUAUUAAAUCUGAAGGAAAUUCAAUUGGUUUAAAAUUAAAAAAUUCUAAUACUACACUUAGUGUUCCUCGAAAGAAUAUAGCAGAGGAUGGUGUAAGUAAAUAA